AUGCAUUUGCCGGUGCUGUUGACCCUCCAGGCUCUGUGGCUGGGCCCGGUCCAGGCCAUGCAACAUUAUCCCCCGGACUGGGGCCAUUACGACAUGUGCAAGUCACAGGUGUACACAGAUGAGGGACUGACCUGGGAUUACAUGGCCUGCCAGCCAGAGGCUGCCGACAUGACCAAAUACCUGAAGGUGACCCUCGACCCACCUAACAUCACCUGUGGAGAUCCACCGGAAACAUACUGUGCCCUGGAAAAUCCUUACAUGUGCAACAAUGAAUGUGAUGCUGGGACAGAAGAGCUUGCACACCCACCUGAGCUCAUGUUUGAUCACGAGGGUCGAAACCCCACCACGUUUUGGCAGUCCACCUCCUGGAAGAAAUAUCCCAAGCCCUUGCUGGUCAACAUCACCCUCUCCUGGAACAAAACUAUCGAGCUGACCGAUGACAUCGUCAUCACCUUCGAGUCUGGCAGACCAGAGCAGAUGGUUCUGGAAAAGUCGCUGGACUACGGCCGUACCUGGCAGCCCUACCAGUUCUACGCCACCGAUUGUUUAGACGCCUUCACGAUGGAGCCCAAGACGGCCCAAGAUCUGUCUCAGAACACGUUGCUGGACAUCAUCUGCACGGAGGACUACUCACGAGGCUAUGUGUGGAAAUAUGACAAGACCGUGCGCUUCGAGAUCAAGGACCGCUUUGCCUUGUUCGCUGGGCCCAGGCUCAAUAACAUGGCCUCCUUGUAUGGCCAGCUGGACACCACCAAAAACCUGCGAGAUUUCUUCACUAUCACUGACCUACGUAUUCGACUCCUCAGACCUGCCACUGGAGCCACCAUGGUGGAUGAAAACAACCUUUCCAGAUACUUCUAUGCCAUCUCAGAUAUCAAAGUGCAUGGCAGAUGCAAGUGCAACCUUCAUGCCAACAGUUGCAUCUUUGACAAAGAGAAGUUGAGUUGUGAGUGUGAACACAAUACCACAGGGCCAGACUGUGGGCGCUGCAAACGGAAUUACCAGGGCCGGGCGUGGAGUGCUGGUUCCUAUCUUCCCAUCCCCAAGGGCACAGCAAAUAUCUGUGUUCCAAACAACGUCGGGCCAGUUAACUGCGAAUGUUUCGGCCACUCCAACCGCUGCAGCUACAUCGAGCUGCUAAACUCGGUCAUUUGCGUGAGCUGUAAGCACAACACUAGGGGGCAGCACUGUCAACUGUGCGAACAGGGCUACUACCGCAAUGCCUCGGCAGAGCUGGACGAUGAGAAUGUUUGCAUAGACUGUAAUUGUAAUCCCUUUGGCUCUGACAAUGAUCGCUGUAAUGGCACAGGAUAUUGUAAGUGUAAGGAGGGAGCGACUGGGGCUAAGUGCCACGAAUGUCUGCCUGGGUAUUUGUGGGACAAUGGCUGCAAAUCCCGAGUGUGUGACAAUGAGCUGUUGCGCUGUCAGAACGGUGGUGUGUGUUUGAACAACCUACGCUGCCAAUGUCCUCCAACCUACACGGGCUUGCUUUGUGAAAAGCCUCGCUGUGAGAACGAGGCCGGAGGGUGCAGCGGUCCGGGUUCAGGUCAGGCCACCCUCACCACCCCUUCACUGCGGCUGCUGCUAAAACUUCUGACCAUCUUCCUCCUCAGAGAGGCAUGCUGGUCGGCCAUGCUCUGA